UUCAAAACGGAGAAAAACAGUGACACCAUGUACAACAACAACCACCAUGCCUUGCAAUUCCAAACCGUUCCGUUCUACCCUAAGUCCGAACCGAUUUUCUCGCCCGAUACGUUCAUGUUUCUCACCGAAACUUCAUGCUUUUAUGGGUCUUUCUGGGAUACCCAAUUCUCAAUUCCUUCAGUUUCGGCCUCAAAUCACCUCAAAUUCCUGAACCCACUUCCCAUUUCGGCCGAUAUUUCGGCUGACCUUUCUCGUUGUGAAAUUAACAACCAUGAAGCCAAACCCGAAACGGAAAUGGAAAUGGAAAUUCCUCCUGUUCUUGAUGGAAUCGCUGCUGUUGUAGGCCAACACGUCCUUUUCGGAGGUAAGAACACAAAGAAAAGCGAAAACCACAACAAUAACAAGACCGAAAACUCGGGUUUGGGUUCCAUUUCGGAGCGUUUCGGUGCCGAGAAGAAAAAUUUAUCGGGGGGUCCUCAGAAGAGCUAUAGAGGGGUGAGGAAGAGGCCAUGGGGGAGAUGGUCAGCGGAGAUACGUGACAGAAUUGGGAGAUGUAGGCACUGGCUGGGAACUUUUGACACGGCGGAGGAGGCGGCGCGUGCGUACGACGCGGCGGCGAGGAGGCUGAGGGGUUCGAAAGCAAGGACCAACUUUGAAAUCCCAUCAGUACUGCCACUAGUAGUGGCUUCAUCAUCAACCUCAACAUCUUCAUGUUCGUCUUCGGACGCUAAUAAGAGAGCUAAAAAGAAGGCUAAUAAUAAGAAAGCAGCUGGGAAGAGUGGAAGGAAGUGCUCAGUGGUGACCUCUGUGGCUCAGUUGUUCAGUUCAAAUACUGCUUUUGCUGGUAGAGAUGGGAAUAAUGUGGAGCUUGAGUUGAAGCUGGGUGUGAAUUUUGGUAAUAGAAGCAGUACUAGUACCAGUACUCCAUCUAUGGUUGCUUGAUUAAUUAUUAGUUAUGCAUGUUUUACCUUUGUGUUAGUAUAGUUAAUUGGUAAGAGUAAGGUCUUUUUGUGCUUUGGUAAUAGAAGCAGUAAUAGUACUUUGUAGCUCAUGCAUGUCUGAGCUGGAAUCUGGAUAUAUCUGUAAUGCAUGUGCAUGAAAGUACUUGGAUGAAGAUUUCAUUGCAAGCCCGCUCUCUUGAGAUCUAGCUAGGGCUAUGAAGAUGAAUAUAUUAUAUGUAGAUACUUCAAACUAGUAAUUUACUAAGCCUUGCCUUUUUCUCA